UGGCAAGUUGUUUGUUCCACCGAAACACCAGCAGCUCUUUCUGCGCUCUGGAGCUCUCAACUCUCCUGCUAGCUUCUGCUCUUUCCCUCCCUCCCUCUCUUCUUUUUUUUUUAAGAAUUGCUUUGCAUCUUUCUUCCCCCCCCCCCCUCUUUCUUGCCCCCUCCACUUCUCCUAUAGUUUGCAACAUCUCCCUUCCUCUGUCCCUUUGUUGGUUUCUCUUUUAUAUAUAAAUAUAAAUACCAUCUUCCACCCCCACCCCCUUUUCCAAGUCAUUCUUUCUCCCCUCUGCCUGCUCGUACUGGAGACGUUAAAGGAACAGAGUGGAAAAAUACCCCGUUGACAAAGGGGGCAAGAACAGCACAAGCUCACGACAGAUCAGAGAAUCCACCCCCAACCCCAAUAGAUGAACCACAAAUGACCAAAAGGAAAAAAUGGAACUGCACAUUUUAGAGCACCGGCUCAAAGUAGCCAGUGUGGCUAAGGAGAGGAUACAGUUGUUUACCUAUGGCUUGAUCAAACUGGCUUUUCUCUCCUCCAAAACAAGGUGCAAGUUUUUCAGCCUGACGGAGACGCCUGAGGACUACACAAUCAUUGUGGAUGAAGAAGGCUUCCUGGAACUUCCUUCAUCAGAACACUUGAGUGUGGCAGAUGCUACCUGGCUGGCCCUCAAUGUGGUUUCCGGGGGAGGCAGCUUUUCCAGCUCCCAGCCCAUUGGAGUGACUAAGAUCGCCAAGUCAGUCAUAGCUCCACUCGCUGAUCAGAACAUCUCAGUAUUUAUGCUCUCCACCUACCAGACGGACUUCAUCCUGGUGCGUGAGCGAGACUUGCCCUUUGUGAUGCACACGCUGGCUGCUGAGUUUACCAUCCUCAGGGUCGUGAACGGGGAGACGGUGGCAGCCGACAGCCUGGGGAUAACGAACGGAUUUAUGAAGCCAAAACUGGUUCAGAGACCUGUAAUUCAUCCCCUUUCCAGUCCAAGUAAUAUGUUUUGUGUCACCAGCUUGGAUCCUGACACCCUUCCUUCUGUUGCUACACUCCUAAUGGAUGUCAUGUUUUACUCCAAUGGAGUAAAAGAUUCUGUGGCGGGCAAUGAAGAUCCUGGGCACAUUCGUUUUUUCUCCUUUUCACUUAUCGAGGGUUACAUUUCUUUGGUGAUGGAUGUACAGACACAGAAAAGGUUUCCCAACAAUUUGUUGUUUACGAGUGCAUCAGGAGAACUGUGGAAGAUGGUUCGGAUCGGAGGACAGCCCCUUGGCUUUGAUGAAUGUGGAAUCGUUGCUCAGAUUUCUGAGCCGCUGGCUGCUGCUGACAUCCCUGCCUACUACAUCAGUACUUUCAAGUUUGAUCAUGCACUGGUACCAGAAGAAAAUAUAAACGGUGUUAUCAAUGCACUCCAAGUUAGUCAAGCUGAAAAACGUUAGAGCGGGACCUAGCUGCAUUUUUCAUCAAGAAUACUAAUAAUUCUUCUCAGUAUUUUCUUGGGGAGGGGGGGAUAGUUUGUUUUUGUUUUGUUUUUUUAAACUCCAAAAGCGUGCGGGAGACAGGAUGCAGUGCCACGCCGAAAAACCACCACCGAGAAGACUGCAAACGACUCCUCGCCGGGAGCUUUUUAAAAGAAAUGAUUUUUUAAAAAAUAAUUCUUCGGGCAGGAGGGAAGGAUGAGGCUGGGGGAGGGAGAAUUGUCGGGAUAAAGGAACUGUGAAGAUUUUUUUUUUCUGAAGUUUAACUCCAAAGCAAAACUGUUCUAUUUGUGUGCGUGUGUGAGUGUGGUGUGACAGAAAUACCUGCAGAGGUUCGAAAUGAGAGGAACUAUAUCAACCGAUAGCGUGCAAUGGCGGGAGAAAAUAAAUCUGUGAAGGAAAAGAGCCAUUUCCAUUA